AUGGACAACUAAAGUUUUAGAUAACAUUUGAUUGAUUAUGUGAAAGCCAAGCAUUAAGUCGUAAAAAUAGCCAAUUCUCCUGGAAUUAGAAGAAAAUCCUUACUCUCUGAAUCCAGUCCUUUGAUCGGCAGAAAAAGCGUAUUCUCAAAGGAAAGCAAAGUAACUGAAGAUGAAUUACUAAAUUACAUCAGACAACUGAGAGAGGCCCUAGUAGAAGUGUACCAAUCAAGAUCUAAUGCAUUAACAUUAUUAGUUUAAGACAAUCUAAAGUCUUUGACAUAGUUUAUUAGCAAAUUGCCGAGUAAAAGUCCUCAACCAUCGUUAAUUUUGUUGUAGGAAACAAAUAUUGCAGAUGAUAUUGAGUCCUAUUAUAAGCAGCUAAAAAAUCAGUUUUUGAAUACUCACUCUUUGUUGAUUAAUGAUAGCAUUGUAUCAGUAACCUCUAAUUUGGUUAAUAACUUGCUUAAUUGUGAUGAAUUUACAUUUAUAAGUCCAUAGCAUGGCAUUUAUGAAUCAGUAAAACAUACCUUUGCCAUUUUAAAUCACAAUGAAUACCUAGAAGAUUUAAUCUCAAUAACAACUAAUAUCAAUUUGCUUACUGAAAAUUAAACUAAGCUAUUCGAGAUGUUUUCACAAUACGGAAGAACCUAUACGUUACGAGUUCAUGAUGAAUUCUUUUUUUAUCAUCAAAAGGUACAAAAAGAUAGUCUAUUGAAUAUCACUUUGGAAUAUAAUUGCUUUCAAGAAGUCCUUAUGCUGACUAAAUUAAUUUCUAAAUCAAUCAUUUAGUCGAGAGUAUAAUAAUUUAGCCCAAUCUAAAUCGGCAAUAUGAUUUUGGAUGUGGGAGUAGAAUUUGUUAGAUGCAGUAAGUACUUAUUUAUUAAUCAAAUCAUAAAUUUGUUGAGGACCAAGUAUAACAUUGAAAAAGCUGAAAGUGAAAUCUAAGGCUCUUGUACUUCCAUCUAAAGCACCAAUCCAUCUCCAUCAAACAAACAAGUCAAGUUUGCUAAAAUUCAAUUCAAAGAUGCUUUGCCAAUAGAAAUUACAGUCAUUGGUUUAAAUCUGAAUAAAAAGGAGGAUCUAUAAAUAUACAAGACCAUUCAAAAUCUAUACAACAAAUAUUUGAAAUUCAUAGAAUUGAGUUACGAUAGAAUUACGUUUUACAAGUACUUCAUAAAAUCCAAAGAUUCAAUUAUGUUAGAAUUCGAUAAGGAGGGCAAAUUGGCCUUUUUAUCACGACCUAUUCCACCUUCACUAAGUCGUGAAUUUUAACUAUAAUAUAUCCAUAGAGGUUACUAUUAUCAGAUAAUUCAAAAUGACAAGUUAUUACAUGAAAUUGAAUAACACUUGGAAAACUAUUGGAUAAUUCAAUAGAAUGAAUAAUUAUAUGAAAUCUUCUUGAAGGCAAGAAACAAGAAAUUUAAGGGAUUUGCCAUAAUCUUUUCAGAAGGCUUCUUAUAAACAAGAAGUUUAGAAUUGGAAGCUAAGAAAAUCAAACUCAGAUAAGAAGCCACAUAAUAUUUAACCAAUCUUGAAUAAAAUAACCCUGAGAUCAAAGAUACUAUAUUGUCAUUCUACAUGCCCUCAUAAAUCUAAGCUCCAAAGGUGUUAAUAAAGAGAAAGAAAAGUAGGAUGAAUGGUUUUAUAGAAAAUGUUUAAAUCAAUCUAAUGGAUCCUGAAAGUCUUGAGAAUGAACCCAUUUAUAUGAGCUAAAUCGAUUCAUUUGAAUUUAACAUAUUAAAAAUAGAAAGCAAUUCAAUAGAGAAAUAGAGAAUUGUCUAUCAAAUAUUUUAAAGAAAUAAUUUUAUCUAAACCUUUGAUAUUGAUAAGAAUAGGAUGUGUGAAUUUUUAAGCGAAUUAGAAUAUAGAUAUGAUAAACGCAGAAAUCCAUUCCAUAAUUACAAUCAUGGAGUAAAUGUAAUGCAUAGUUGUCAUGUUAUCGUGAAUAAAAUGUUAUCACUCAAACAGUAUAAGGAUAUAUUGGAUUAAACUACCAAGUUGGCACUUAUCUUAGGUGGAUUGUGUCAUGAUGUUGGUCACACAGGUAGAACCAAUUAUUUUGAGAUUAAUAAUUUAUCUGAAAAGGCAAUCAGAUAUCAUGAUAAAAAUGUAUUGGAAUAAUAUCAUGCAGCCACAGCACUCAAAUUAUUACUGAGAGAGAGAAUGAACUUUUUGAAGAAUAUUGACUUUCGAACUUUCAGAGAAAAAUUGAUUUAAAACAUUAUCUUUACUGAUAAGGCCGAGCACUUUAAUUUAUUGAAAUUUUUUGAAGCAAACAAUGAAAAAGAUACUAAAAUUAUAACUGGAAUGAUUAUUCACACUUCUGAUUUUGCUGGAGGAUCUGCUAAGUGGCCAAUCUCUAAAGAAUGGUCAUUGAGAGUUAACUAAGAAUUUCAAUCACAAUAUGAAGAAGAGGGGAGACUAGGUUUGCCAUAAUAAUCUUUUAUGAAAGAUUUACAUAAAAUGUCUGUGUUGUCUAAAUCUGAAAUAGGUUUUUAUAAAUUUAUUGUUCGUCCCUUAUACGUAUCAUUAUCUAACUUUAUGGACAACUAACUUCAAGAUAGAAUAGAUAAUAUUGACGAAACAAUAAUUGAAUGGGAUUUACUGGCAUCUUAGGAUAAUCAAUAAUAAUGCUGA